GUGCUUCAAUCCUGAAGGGGAGAGCUGCUCUCAAGCCCUUGGAGGGCUGCCUGCCUGGCCUGCCCCAGCUAAGGGAGGUGCACAGUGGACUCUUGCACAUCAUUGGUCUGAGAAGGUCUCCAUGCCCUUAAAGAGAAGGUGGAUUUUAUGCUGAGCCACCCGAGAAGCCCUUUUAUACCUCCUUACUCAGCCAGCUGCCUACAGCUCACCAGUGCAUCCUGUGCAGCCAGCAGGACACUCUGAUUUCCUCUUCCAGACUUGGGCUCACAACCAUCUAAAGCAAGAUGUCUGAAAAAAGAGGAGGGCAGCCACUGCCCGUCGGCAGCACCUGAAGAGUGCUAUGCUCCAGCUGGCUGUCACUGAAAUAGAAAAAGAAGCAGCUGCUAAAGAAGUGGAAAAGCAAAACUACCUGGCAGAGCAUUGCCCUCCUCUGUCGCUCCCAGGAUCCAUGCAGGAACUGCAGGAGCUGUGCAAAAAGCUUCAUGCCAAGAUCGAUUCAGUGGAUGAGGAGAGGUAUGACACAGAGGUGAAGCUACAGAAGACUAACAAGGAGCUGGAAGACUUGAGCCAGAAGCUCUUUGACCUGAGGGGCAAAUUCAAGAGGCCACCCCUGCGCAGAGUGCGCAUGUCUGCUGACGCCAUGCUGCGGGCCCUGCUGGGCUCCAAGCACAAGGUCUGCAUGGACCUCCGAGCCAAUUUGAAGCAAGUCAAGAAGGAGGACACUGAGAAGGAGAAAGACCUCCGUGAUGUGGGUGAUUGGCGGAAGAACAUCGAGGAGAAGUCCGGCAUGGAGGGCAGGAAGAAGAUGUUUGAGGCUGGAGAGUCCUAAGCACCUGCCUCUGUUCCCCCAGGCUCAAGGGCACCCACUGGGUGCCAUUUCUCUCUGG